AUGGUACGAGAAAUAGUAGACCUUCUUCUUCAAAAGCGUGGAACUACCCCGGUUCUUUCGUUCUCGAAACGGUAUAACUACGAGCGUGCGAAAUAUAAAGACCCUAAAAUCAUUACGGAGUGGUUUAAUCUAGUCUAA